AUGGGGUUGCUUUUGGCUGGCUAACAGAGCUCUGUUAAGUCCUGCGCUGUUAAGCGGCGAGCAUCAGGAAACGGCUGAGGCUGACGCUGAGGCUGCGGCUGCGGCUGAGCUCUGGCUUGGCGCAGUUCAAAUCUGUGCGUUCAGUUGCAGUUGGCGCUUCGUUCGAUGCGGAUCGCAGCAGACGCGAGUUCCAGUGAAUUAUCUCUUGAAGUGAUCCAAUCUAAGUCCGAAUUGAAGAUGUCCACAGCUCGGGCAGUUGAUGAGGACUCCAGCAACAUGUCAACCAUUUGCACAUUGGACACGAGUGUGCCAAAGCUCGGGAAUGGCAAUGGCAAUGGCAGUGUCAGUGGCAGUGGCAUGAAUAAUAACAAUAGUGCUCGGUCCAGCCGCAGCUCCACGGGCACAGAUUCCACAUGCCUGGAGGAGCAACGCUUUGGCUGGCUGCGAUUCCGGCCGCAGUGGCUGCAGCGCUUCUGCACCGCCAAGUGGGCGCUCUUCUGGCUCUGCUGGGGCGGCGCAUUGCAGGGUCUGAUUGUGAAUGGCUUCGUGAACGUGAACAUCUCGACCAUCGAACGACGAUUUGGUCUGCGCUCGCGCCAGACUGGUCUGGUGGCCAGUGGCUACGAUCUGGCGUCGUUCGUGUGUCUGGUGCCCGUGACGUACUACGGCGGGCGGAAGGGCGCGUCGAAGCCGUGCUUCAUUGCCAUUGGGCUGCUGCUGAUGGGACUCGGCUCGCUGAUCUUCUCGCUGCCGCACUUUCUGGUCAGCAGCUAUCGGGCGACCAUAGCCGAGGCGAAUCUGUGCGAACGGGAUGGCCAGGCGAAUCAGACGAUGCUGGGAUGCGGCGCUGACCCGGAGGAGGAGGCAGCUGAGCUGGAGCUGGGCGAGAGUUUAACUUGGACGGUUUGGCUGUUCUUUGCCGCGCAACUUUUGCAUGGAGCCGGCGCCUCGCCGCUCUUUACGCUGGGCGUAACCUAUCUGGAUGAGAACGUAUCCACAAAGAUGUCAUCUGUUUACUUGGGUAAACUGUUUACUAUUUGCACCCCAGGCCCAGCUUUUUCAUUUAUUUUAUUAAUUUUAAUAUUUAUAUUUUAUUCCUGCAGCUUGAGCCUGACGAGCGAUAGCAAGGUGUGGAUCGGUGCCUGGUGGAUUGGCUUUGUGUUUGCGGCCGUGGUCUGUGUGCUCAUCGCCAUUCCGAUCUUUGGCUACCCGAAGUCUCUGCCUGGCGCGGAGAAGCUGCAGCUGGCCAAGGUCUCGGAGGCGCACACAAAGAAAACGGCCCAGGCCAAGGCGGCUGGGGCGGAGGUGGGGCAAGUGACGGGGAGGGCGGAGACAGAGCCGCGUCGACGCCUUGGCGAGCUGCCACACGCAGUGCUGACGCUGUUCAGGAAUCCCACGUUCUUCUUCCUCAACCUGGCGGGCGCCACGGAGGGUCUGGUCAUAGCGGGCUUUGCCGCGUUUCUGCCCAAGCAAAUCGAGAAUCAAUUUGGUAUUUCGCCCGUGAUCUCGGCCCUGGUGAUGGGGCUCAUCACGGUGCCCGCUGGCGGGGGCGGCACCUUUCUGGGCGGCUACCUGGUGAAGAAGCUGAACCUGGCCUGUGGCGGCAUCAUCAAGAUGUGCCUGCUGGCCACGCUGGUGGCCACCGUCUUCACCAGCUGCUUCCUGGUCUCCUGCCCCAAUGCGGCAUAUGCGGGCGUCACCUCGGCCUACGACGACCAGCAGAUGGGGCUGCCCCUGACCCUGGAGGCCAGUUGCAAUGCCAACUGCGGCUGCAGUCGCAGCAAUUAUGACCCCAUCUGUGGGUCCAAUGGCGUCAUGUACUACAGUCCCUGCUUCGCGGGCUGCGGCCAGGAGGAGCAGCAGGAGACCUUGAAGAGCUACAGCAACUGCACCUGCAUCGACCACAGUGGCGAGGCGACCAAUGUCAUGUGCGAGUCCAGCUGCAAGAGUUUGCCCUACUUUGUGGGGCUCUGCUUUGUGCUGAUGUUCUUCACCUUCCUGGCCACGAUGCCGGCACUCUCCGCCACGCUGAGAUGCGUGCAGGAUGAGCAGCGUUCGUUCGCCUUGGGUCUGCAGUGGAUCAAGGUGCGUUUGAUGGGCACCAUUCCGGCUCCGCUAAUCUUUGGCGCACUCAUUGACGAGUCCUGCGUGCUCUGGCACGAGUCCUGCGAUGCUCAAGCAGGUGGCGCUUGUCUGGUCUACGAUAAUUUCUACAUAAGUCGUUACAUGUGGCUCCUCGCUUUGGUGGGCAAACUCUGCUCCGUUUUGUUCUUUUUGGGCGCCUGGUGGUUCUACAAGCCGCCCAGCGAACCUUCAAAUGCCAAAAAAGAAAACCAAUCAGAAAUUUAAUCUUAAGAAAACAGUUAAUCGAUAGUAAACUAAGUAACGCACUGCCAUUUUCCAGCUUCACUUUUUAAUAAUCCAUCGCAAAUCAGAAAAAAUGCAAAUUUAAUAUCCGCACAGCUCUAAAAAACGUACUGGUCUCAUUAACAUUUGUAAGCACUAUUAAUGUCUAUUCUAAUCAACUGCAA